CCCUUUCUACAUUCGCGUCCUGGCCUCAGCCCUAACAUGUUUUAUCUCUACAAGGAGUGUUAGGGAAAAAUGGAUAGCUCCCAAGACCUUCUCUUCACUUAUUCUUGACAUCGCUUCUGUGUUCCUCUGGAAUGCCACUCGGCUUACACAUCUGGUCUCUGGGAGCUGCCGUGGAUGGGCACUUGUGACAGCACUAUGGGACUGAGUACCACGCUCUUUGUGAUGGCCUUCCUGAUCUUUGGUGUUGCUUCCAUGAAGAAUCAGGCGUAUUUCAAUGAGACUGGACAUCUUCCCUGCCACUUUACCAACUCUCAAAACAUAAGCCUUGGUGAGCUGGUAGUAUUUUGGCAGAACCAGGAUAAGUUGGUUCUGUAUGAGUUCUACAGAGGCAAAGAAAAUCCUGACAAUGUCGAUCCAGAUUACAAGGGCCGCACAAGCUUGGACAAGGAUAAUUGGACCCUGAGACUCCACAACGUUCAGAUCAAGGACAAGGGCUUGUAUCAGUGUUUCAUCCAUCGCAAAGGGGCCAGUGGAUUGGUUCCCAUCCACCAAAUGAGUACUGACCUGUCAGUGCUUGCUAACUUCAGUCAACCUGAAAUAAUGCUAACUUCUAACAGAACAGGAAAUUCUGACGUCAUGAAUUUGACCUGCUCAUCUGCACAAGGUUACCCAGAACCCAAGAAGAUGUUUUUUCGGCAAACAACCAUGAAUUCAACUACCGAGUAUGAUGCUGUCAUGAAUAUAUUUCAAAAUAAUGUCACAGGAUUGUACAAUGUUUCUAUCAGUUUGUCUUUAUCAAUAUCCUCUGACAAGAACGUGAGCUUCUUCUGUGUCCUGCAACCUGAGCCAACACAAACACAGCUUCUCUCCCUACCUUACAUUAUAGGUGCAAAGCCAACAGAACCACCCCAACCGGCCCGAGAGCCUGUCGUUGUGACUGCAUCUGUGCUUAUACCGUUGAUCAUCUUUCUGUGUGGGGUGGCUUUCUGUGUAAGACUAAAGAAAAGGAAGAAGAAGCAGCCUGGCCCUGCUCAUGAAUGUGAAGCCAUCAAAGCGGAAGGGGAAGAGAGUAAACAGACUGACGAAAGAGUAGAAAACCGUGUACCUGAAAGAUCCAAUGAAGCCCAGUGUGUUGUUAACAUUUUGAAGACGGCCUCAGGUCACAGAAGUGCUGCACACUUUUGAUUAAAGAGGAAAGUCCAUUUGGCUAUCCAUUUUUAAAAUCACAUGUGGAUUGGUUCCUCUAUUUUUUCCUUUUCUAAAUUAAACUUAUUGGGGUGAUAUCGGGCAAUAAGAUCAUAUGCUUCCCUUUUCAAGUUUUUGACUGACCUUUUUAUUGUCUCUCUGAGCCUUCCCAGAGGCAAGAAAAUACUAUGGGAAUAACAACAGGGGGCACUAGGGCCCCCUCUAAAUGAAAUAGCUUCUCAGUAAUGCCAGCUCUGCUCCCUAUGCCAGGAGCAGAUUUUAUCUGCUUCUUUUGUUUUCAGAGCACACCGAGUGACUCGUGGCUAAUGUCUGGGAGGACUAAUGCUUCCAGUAUCAUAUUCAGUCUCUUUUCUUAAUUUUACAAAUUGUGUUUUCUGUAGAAUUCCCAUUUUCUGGAAAAGUAGCUUCUGUCUACUCUGGAUUCUGAGGUAGUGCCUCAAUCUAUCUCACAUACGUGUGAUGAACACCUACCUCUUCAGUCUAAGUGGAAACUUUAUGUAUUAUAUGGCUUUAUAGUUUUAAUAUUAACAUUUCAAAAUACAAAGAAAUAUGUAUUAUAAUAAUGUAAUUACAAUGCCUCGAGAAAUGUCUACGCUCUGCUAAGGAGUUCUUGUUCUUCAGUGAGGGCCAGUAAGGAAAGUAGUGGCCUACUGUGCUGACAACAAUAACCAGACAAACUCAAAAUUUGGGAGACUAGAAGAGGCAAAGAAGGAACCAUUUCUAUAUGGGCUGUUGGUAAUACUGAGGAGGAUCUGCCUGCCUGACUUGGCAGAGAGCACUGGAUAAAGCAGAAGAGUGCUGUGCAUCACAAACCCACUUCUCUUCUUGGAAAAACUGAUUGACAUGAUGACCUGGGGCAUCUGUGCAAGAGCCAAUAGAGAGACUACAAUACUCAAAAGAGAAAAAAAUGAAAGAUCUUGACCAACAGAGAUGCAUAUAAAUAUUCAGUCUGUCGAGUCCUUCAACAAGCCUUGGGACAAGCAACAGAUGGACAGUCUGUCCAAAUGGACAGACUUAAGAUGGACAGUAGUUUCCUGGGUGGUCGGUGAGGUGUUUUGAUGAUACCAGGUUGUUCUGAUGUUUCACCUGCUGAAAGCAGAGCUUGGGGGAGAGAGCUAUCAUGAGCUAAAUGGAAGGAGGCUUAUAAGUCUUCCAACUAAUGGCUGAGAGACAAAGGGCUGGACUAAAGUUUGGAAGACCAGGAUGCAGAUCAUCCAGAUGUUAAUUUUAUAUGUAUAUAAAAUCAUUAUGUUGUAAACCUAAAA